AUGAUGGAAAGAAUAAGAAAAGAGAUGAUUCUGAUGGAGAGAGGGCUCCACAGCCCUACCGCCAGCAAGAGGUUCUCCAAUUUGUCCGACUCCGCUGGCAGUGCUGUGCUGGAGGCCCUGGAAAAUUCGCAGCACCCAGCUCGCCUCAGUCCGCGCCUACCUUCCGCCCCCCUACACGGCGCUCUGGGAGACCUCCCCGCCAAGGGCAAAUUCGAAAUAGACACUUUGUUCAACCUGCAGCACCCGGGCAGCGAAAGCACCGUCUCCUCCGAAAUCGCCUCCGCUACCGAGAGCCGCAAGAAGCCGAGCCAUUAUUCAGAGGCGGCCGCCGAGGCCGACAUGAGCAGCGACGUGGAGGUGGGCUGCUCGGCGCUUCGUUCCCCCAGCGGCCUCGGCGCUGCGCCGCUCAAGGAAAACAAUGGCAAAGGGUACACGGAGAGCGGCUCGGCGGCUGGAACCACGACGUCAGCGUCGGGCUCGGGCCUCGGCAGCCUGCAUGGAGGCGGUGGCGGCGGCGGCGGCAGCGGCGGGGGUGCGGCGUUGGGCGGCUCUGGCUCUGGCGCAGAUCAGGUGCGGCGUUACCGAACUGCGUUCACCCGUGAGCAGAUCGCGCGCCUGGAGAAAGAAUUCUACCGAGAGAACUAUGUGUCGCGGCCCCGCCGGUGCGAGCUGGCCGCUGCGCUGAACCUGCCCGAAACCACCAUCAAGGUGUGGUUCCAGAACCGGCGCAUGAAGGACAAGCGGCAGCGUCUGGCCAUGUCGUGGCCGCACCCAGCCGACCCCAGCUUCUACACCUACAUGAUGACGCAUGCGGCAGCCACCGGAAGCCUGCCCUACCCUUUCCACUCGCACGUGCCGCUGCACUACUACCCACACGUGGGCGUCACGGCGGCAGCAGCUGCGGCCGCAGCUUCUGGUGCAGCGGCCGCAGCUUCGUCGCCCUUUGCUACUUCCAUCCGUCCACUGGACACCUUCCGCGCCCUCUCUCAUCCCUACUCCCGGCCGGAGCUGCUGUGCAGCUUCCGCCACCCGGGUCUCUACCAGGCGCCCGCGGCCGCUGCGGGGCUUAACAGUGCUGCCUCUGCCGCUGCCGCUGCAGCAGCUGCAGCGGCUGCGGCCUCCUCGGCGGCUGCGGCCGGGGCGCCCCCCAGCGGCGGCUCUGCGCCCUGCUCAUGCCUCAGUUGCCACAGCAGUCAGUCCGCUGCAGCUGCUGCAGCCGCAGCUGCCGCAGCCCUGGGCUCUCGAAGUGGAGGUGGCGGCGGCGGCGGCGGCGGCGCUGGGGCCGCGGGGGGCUCGGACUUCGGCUGCAGCGCCGGGGCGCCGCGCUCCGAGAGCGGCUUCUUACCCUAUUCUGCGGCAGUGCUUAGCAAGACCGCCGUGAGCCCGCCAGACCAGAGGGACGAGGCGCCGCUCACCAGAUAA